UCUUCAAUGCUCUCAUAUUUACUCAUAAACAGCAGAUUCAAAUUUCAAAGUCAAUACUUCAACUCUCUCUUUUAUAUUCUCCUUUUUGGGUCACUGUGGAAAGUACAUAUGUUGCUCCUGACUCCAAAACCUCUCUUCAAGUUUGCAUGGAUGAUCUGCCUUUGAUUUGAGAUUUUCUUCUUUGCUACUUCUCUAGCAAUGGCAAUGUGCUGUGAUCUCCAAGUCGAUGUCAAUGGUGAAGAAGUCUUCCUGGUGAACAAGAAAAUACUGGAAUCUUUCUCUAGUCGAUUCAGCAAAUUGUUUGGUAAACCGAUGGGUAUAACGAGCCUCAAAGUGAUAUUCCAUGACUUUCCUGGAGGUGCAGAGGGUUUUGAGCUUAUGACAAGGUUUUGUUACAGUAAUGGAAGAACUGAGAUAACUCCUUCCAACUUAGUCCUUGUGUACUGCAUUGCCGAUUUCAUGGAGAUGGAUGGUGAUAUACUCUUGCAAGCUCAAAGCACUCUCAAAGGUAUCAGCUCUUGGUCAUGGUCUGAGCUUCUAGUGGCUCUGAAGCAGUGCCAAGAUUUGCUUCCCCCCUCAAAUUCUUCAUUGAUAUUGCAUUUAGUCAUGGACUGCAUUAUAGGCAAGCUUUCUUGUCCAUCUGUUCCAACUCUCUAUGAUAAUACUUCCACGGAGAAUGUGAGUAGUUUCCAGUUUUCUGGUGGUACGAGCACCAUUUAUCACCUGAAAAGCAAUCGCUCUAUGAAAACAUGGUGGUUUGAAGACGUGAUGUUUUUAAAUACUACUUUGAUCAAAAUGGUUAUAAGAAGCCUGAUAUCCAAGGAGGUUGAACAGUCUACAGUUUUCAAGUUUCUCAUUCGUUAUCAUCAAUCAAAGUGUUCUGGUGCCAAAUCAGAAGAGAAGUACAAAAUCACAGAGGUUGUUAUUGGUUUACUUUCUCUGCUUGAUCGAAGCUCCCUUUCUUUCAGGGGAUUAUUCAACAUGUAUCAAGCAGCUUUGAACAUGAAAUUAGGCAAGAAGUGUAAAACCAAGUUGGAGAUUAUGAUAAGUUCACAGCUGGAUGAAGCAACAAUUGAUUAUUUACUUGUCCCAUCUCCUCGUGGGAAGAAGUAUGUUUAUGAUGUGAAUUUGAUUUUGAGGUUAGGUGAAUCAUAUCUUCUUCAAGAAGGGGAUAAUUUACCCCAGAUGAGUCACUCUACAAAGGUCGCCGAGUUGAUGGACUCAUAUCUUGCAGAAGUAGCUCCAGACUUUCAUUUGAAACCUUCAAAGUUUGCAGCAUUAGUUUUGUUGUUGCCAGCGUCUGUUCGAGAAUCUCAUGACAGACUUUAUGAAGCCAUUGCUGUAUAUUUUAAGUGCCACACUGGUCUAUAUGAACAAGAGAAGCUGACUAUCUGUUGUGCACUCAACUAUAAGAAGCUCUCAGCUGAAGCUUUAAAACAAGUCCCUUGCACAAAGUUCCCAUCGAGGAGAGCAGUUGAAGCUUUCAAGAAACAGCAAUCCAACCUCAGAAGCUUUCUCCAGGACUUCUACUACAUCGGAACCAAGGAUGAAAAAGAGGAAAUUGAUCCAGUCCUACUUGACGCAAAGGAUCUUGAUCUCCCUACAAAGGCAUUGGAAUUGAAAAGGGUUUUCGGGGCAGUGCAGAUACAAGUGAAAAAUGUAAUCAAAUCCAGAUUGCCCUUUCAGACAACCAAUAAUCGAUACUUGCCAAAUCUCUUUCCAUAA